GUAUGAGGUGGAGGGGAGGCAGGAAUGCUGGUGACUAUGUUGUGUUAUGAAACUGGUCGUAAGCAAAACAGCCCGUGUUUUGGUUUGUCACUGGGAAAAACGCACACUGUAUGUCAUUCCAGGGCUGUGCUAAUGAAUCACCAGCUACCAGCAAGGACUCAGAUUAGUUUCAAAACCAAGAAAGCAGUUCGUGUCUGAUUUUGGCAGACUGACAGGUUAAUUAGAUACGUGUCAAACCUUCUUGAGGGAGAACUUCAUCUCUUUGUUCCCGAGAGACGAAGAAUGGGGCGUGGCCAGAGAUGCUCCUCCCUCCCUC